CAGGGCUCUGCCGACGGCUGCUGGAAAACAAAAAUCGCAUAAUUUUUUUAGUUUUACGGCAAUUGAGUUUAAUAAUACAUAAUUUUAUACAUAAAAACUGAUGACUACAAUGGGAGCAUAAAAUCCAAAGGCCACACCACAACCCAUUUUAAACAAUUUUGGCUGCGGGGCUUAACUAAAUUUGAAUUUCCUGCUGGUCCAACAUAAAAGCUAUUACAACUUUUAUCAAACAACAUCUCUUAAUACAUUCAUCAUUGGGGUGAAAGGCUAUUUUAAAAAUAUGCCGAAAUCAAGUUCCGUAACUUCAUCGAAUUCAGUUAAUUCGAAUAAACAGAACAACAACCAUUCAAAUGUCGAUAAUCAAGACUCUACAUCGUCGGGCAAUUCCUCAGGCUUUUUACACAGUCAUGCGUUGUCGAAAUAUCAGGGCCAGAAAUGGCAACAGAUGUUCGAUGUCGAAAAAGUACUCAAACAAAUCCGCAUGGCGGAAAAAAUUCACAUUAAAGGUAAAGGCUCGAGUGGAAACGACAACUCACACAAAAGUUCCAAUAGCAGUAACAAUUCUCCGCCCAACAAGUCAAGAAAAAAUCAAAUACGACAAGUGCAAAGACUGAAUGGCACCGACAUGCAUUACUAUGGCAUUGUACCGAAACAGACGGCAUUAGAUGUGGUUGUGUGUAGUGUGUGUUCCGGCAUAUACACAAAGAUGGGUUUAAAUAAUCAUAUGAUGUUGCAACACCCCACGGUUUGGACCAGUGUGUCAUCGAAAGUUACGCCACCGGUAAAUGAUACAACAUUGGGUACAAAUGACAACAGCCAAGACAGUUUAAAAGGGAGUGAAUCGGCAUCUAAUGCUACGGCGGCGGUCACCGCUCAAAAUGAGUUAAUGGGUUCACCAUCGGAUUUGUCUGGGACAAUGUCGACGUGCUCAAAUGCUUCGUCUUGUUCAACAUCCACAUUGUCAUCGGCAGCGCCAGCUUCCAACUAUGUUGCGCCUCUACCGACAACCACAAGUUCCCGCCAGAAAAGUAGCUCAAAAGCUGGGAGUAGCUCGGGGAGUAGCAGUGGCAGCCGUUCCCGCAGCAAAAGCAAACACCAUAGCUCUUCCAAUGCCACAGCAUCUGCGUCGUCAAAUGCCAAUGCGGAAGUGUCGCAUUCUUCAGCAACAGCAGGAUCAACCUCAGCUGCUACAACAACGUCCAGUAAAAAGAGCUCAUCAAAAAAGAGCUCUUCCAGUUCAUCGUCUUCAAACGCAAACAGUUCCUCAACAACAACAACAAAUGGUGGUGGAGUUACAAACAACAACAACAAUAACACCAACAUCAACUCAGCAUUGAACACUAAGGAAACAACAGAAGUAAAAUUAAUAGCUAGUGGAACGUCAUCUACAGUAUCCACUGCUGUAACCACAACAUCAAUAACAUCGUCGUCAUUAACAACGGCAACAGCCACAACGACAAUUUCAAACACAACCACAAGCUCAUUGGAUGUUCCUCAAAACACUACUACGAUCACUACAACCAAUGCUAAUUUAUUCGGUUCAUCUUCAUCAUCGUCAUCAUCUUCCUCCUCUUCGUCAUCAUCGUCAUCAUCUUCUUCGUCUUCAUCCAACUCAUCGUAUUCCUUGCCCCCUACACCUAAAAUGUUGGUAAACAACACUCCACAGGAUUCGCAGCAACUUUCCAAUCUUACGACAAUUGCGGAAAAUACCUUCUCGCCUGGGGUCCUCGAUAACAAAGACAAGCUUAAUUUAAACGCAAGUGGAGAGAGUAUUACUACAGCAAGCAAGAAAAAGAUCAAAAGCUCUGUUACACCCUUUUGUAUACCCGAAAAUGUUGAUGCUAUAAAAACUGAAACAACAGAAAUGCCACCACUACGAAUGGUGGCAGCACAACAACCACUAAACCAAUACGAAGCCCAAAUAAGUGAGCUUGAUCAAGCAGUUUCUUCGAUCACUAGUAGUACUAAUGGUCCUUCAAAUAACAAUGAAAACAAAAUUGAAUCAACAACCAGUGUAGUAGUAAAUAACAACAAUAACUCAUCAUCAUCAUCAUCUAUGGGUAUUAAAAUGGAACAAACUGAGUGUUCAAUUCUAACUGGCACACAGCAAGACAUUCAGCAUCAGCAACAUCAACUUCAUACUGAAGAUGGACAAAUGGUGCAUAAUACAUCCGAUGAUAGUGCCAUGUUGAAUCAUGUUUUGGACGUAAUGCUCGAUAGCAAGUUGAUAAAUGAAAUUCUAAAUGCUGAAACUGAUUUAAAUUUCGAUGAAAAUGUUUUGAAUGAUAGCACGUCAACGGGACAACACAAUACAAAUCAGCAACAAGCUGUUUACUUGGAACAACCACUUACCAAACGCAUGCGUUUCGAUGAAUCGUCAAACAUGGGACGCCUUCAGCAACAACUUGCUACUGGAAGUCAUGAAAUUACUGGUGAAUUUGCCGUAUUUCCGCAACAGCAACAAACUCAACAGCAGCAGGCAAACCACCCACCUCAAGCCCAGUAUGCCCAAUACGAUGGCUCAACAAUGACUGGUACACUAAGCAUGGAUGGACAAUAUCAAACUCCUAUCGAUGCAAUGCAAUUGCAACAAAUUUUAUAUCAGCAACAGCAGCAACAACAGCAAACUAUUGAUGCUUCUGCCUAUGUCGCUGGUAAUUUAAACCUGGGCAAUCAUCAACAGCAACAACAGCAUCAGCAACUUUAUGAUCCAAAUGCUGGCACCAUAGUGGAUACAAAACAGAUUUUAGAAUUAUGUGGAGGAACUGUUGGCGUCCAAACGGCCGGCAGUAAUGAAUUGAUAAAAGCUGAAGAGUUCGUAACAUUACCCGAGGAUGUUUCUCAUCAAUUUCAAAUUUUCAAUGUUCCAUCUUUGACUGACGACAUGGAACCCGAGCCACAGCAACAAGUAACACAUCACAUUGUGGAGCGUCAGUAUGUAAUGCCAGGUCAAGAAGAAACUGAAGAACAAUUAAUUUACGAAAUAACUACCAAUAAUUCUUCGAUGUCCUCUAUGAGUCAACAGCAUCAACAACAAGUUUUAGCAGAGUUUCUUAAUCAGGCAGCCUCCUCGUACGAACAACAGCAACAUCAACAAUUACAACAGGUUUCGUCGCAUCAUCAUCAACAGCAGCAGCAACAGCAUCAGCAUUUUGAAGGAGAUAACAGCCAUAAGACGGAUAACUUUUAUGAUGAACUAUUAGAUUUCGACUACAGCAUGAUUGAGACUGUAAAAUCGCUUAGUUCAUCAGGAAGCAGUGGCAGUAGCAGCAGCAGUAGUAGCAGUAGCAGUUCAAAUAGUGGCAGCAACUCGAAUGCGCUGGUUAAAAGUGAACGUGAUCAUACUCCUAACUCAUCUUCGUCCUCCUCCUCGUCAUCAUCAUCAUUUAAAUACCACGAAGACUUUUAUUUCAAUGUGUUCUUUUAUGCGGGCAUUCCCCGACCACUUGCCAUCAAUUGCUUUGGUCUGAUAAAACUACCUCAAGGGGUGGCCACCACUUUUCGCAAGCACUUACUUACCACGCGUAAAGCCAAUAAUAGUCUGAUGUCUUUAGGUGGUGGCUCCCUAAACGGUGUAGUGGGACAAAGUUCCUCGGCCUCUACAGCCGGAGCUGUAAGCAGUCGCUUUAGUAAUUCCAAACAAUUGCCCAGUUAUUUCACCAAUCUCGCCAAUAAUGGUGGCAACAACUCUAAUAUGAGUAAUGAAUUUUCCAUAGGCAGUAUAACCAUAACCAACACUCCUUCUAAUAUACAACAGCAGCAGGCAUGCAAUAAUGGUACCCAACAGCAAAACAAACAAAAUAGUGGUGGUGGUAGUACAUCGAAUCCUCUAGAAAUAAAUCUAAACAAUAUAAAUGGUGGAAUCUCUGCUACGUCUCCUGUGUCAACCCAACCAAGAGGACGCACCAAGUCGGGGGGAUCAAAUCAUAGUACAGGAUCUUAUAACAGUACAUCAUCCAACAAUCUAAAACAUAAAUCUUUGGGCAAUUUAGGUAAUUCGACAAAUGCUGCUCGUGUCACUGUGGGAACAAUAGGACCCUACAAUGCUAAAACUAUUUUUGUUAGUAGUUCAGCUGCUCUAAGCGCCGAUCGAAAUAAAUUUAUUAAACGUAGUCUUAUAGCCAAGGUUCAACAUGAACCAACACGAGUCUCUCAGUCUCCGCAACAGUUUACAAGUAAAAAGUUGAGUGACAUGUUAAGUGGCAAAAAGUCAUGUAGCUCGCUGAACAACAGUGAUGUUGUGGGAAGUUCGGGUCAAGAGAUUAGUUCAGAAACUGCUGUUGCUGCUGCUGAGAAACAAGCAAAAUUAAAUCGCGUAAAUCGUUUUUACGAAAGACGUCGCAAAUUAAUGACAAUUACACAACAGCAGCAGCAAAACCACAGACAAACGCCGUAUCAAAACAGCCAAGUAUUACGACGGCAGCAAUUGGAACACCAAUUGCAGCCUCAACAACAACAGCAAAAAUUAUUAAAGCAACAAUUAUUGCGUAGUUUUUCGGACUGUGGCAUUAAUUCAACAUCGAAUACCAACGUUGCAUCAGCAGAUUCAAAUGUAAUGCGAGUUUUUGUCUGAGCUCUCUUAAACUCUCUCUUAUUAUUAGCUCUUAUUGGCUUUCUAAAACUAUUUUCACAGAUGAAAUAACAACAUAGGUGUUGUGAUUAAAAAUCUAUAGCACCACAACAUAUAAACUACAAAAACAAAAAAAAAAUAAAUAUUUAUCAUCAAAUGAAGGUUCUUAUUCACCGUUAGUGAAUUGUCUCAAGUUUAUUAUACUAUUUCUAUUAAAUUUUCUCUACACUCUUAAACACAACAACAAUCUUUUGUACUGCUCUUUUCUUCUUUCUUUUCCUUAACUCUUUACUUUUAAUGCAUAUAAUACAUUUGUAAUUUGAAAAGAAACACUUUUAUUUUGCUUUUACAAUCUUUAUUCCAAAACCUCUACAAAUUUAGUUUGUAAUUGUAAUUUUAAUAAACUUUGAAUUAUUUAAGUUAGAAUUUAUUUUAUCUCUCCUCUAUUUAAAUACAUAGUUCACAUAGUGGUAAAACAAAACAAAAAAAUAAUUUUAGUAUUUUUUAUUUCAAUUUUUUCUUUAAAUUAUUUAAUACAUUGUAUACUAUUAAAAUAUUAUGAUUAUUUUUAUUUAAAUUCAUUUCUAUUCAGAAAAAAAAACAUAUAAUUGUGUACGCUUUUCCUUUUCGUAUCAUUUUUCAUCAAAUUGGUAAUAACCAAUCAAACAACCAUUUGCACUAUUCAAUAACAUUUGUAGUAUAUUACAUUUUCAUACAACUACAUACAUACAUACAUAUAUGGCAUAUGCUUUUUUUAUAUCAAAUAUUUGUGUAGUUUACUUUAAGUUUUUAAAUCUUUUUAUUUUAAUUAUUAUCAUUGUCAUUCAUACAUACAAACAACAAACAUAAAUAUUACAAUUAUUAUUUUGUGAGUAUCAAUGAUUAUUUUAUGAUCGAAGAUCUACUAUAUGCUAUAUUAAUUUAUAUUAUAUAUAUAUUUAAACAAAAAAAUAAUAAAAAUAAAACGAACAACUUUAUUAUUUAA